AUGGGUGCGUACGAUCUGCAGGGUGGCGUAUAUGUCCAAGGCAGGGAAUGCGGAGAAGAUAGCUUUCGAACAUCAAAAGUAGAUGUACAUCAACUCCCAUCACUUUUAUACCCCGGCGCCUCAUGGAGUUUACCAAACUUUGCGAUUCCGAUCAACGAUUUUACCUUGAAUCCCUAUGAUGAUCUACUCGUUACCGUGGAAGAAACGUCUCAUGGGUCGCCAGAUGACCGCUCAAUCAUGCUACGAUUCCUUUCUCUAACUGACGGAAGCCCUCAUUGCCAAUCCUGCAAAUCAGUUUUGAUACAGUCAGGAUCGAGGGGACAGGCCAUUAACAACGGUUUCUUCAUCACCGCCAUGGGUGACUUUGUGGGCCUGCUUACUCUAAGGUGGCAUUUCCUCAUCGUGAACUGGAAGACUGGCAAAUUCUAUGCCUUCUUUGAGUACGACGCGAGGGAUCCGGUCUAUAGCUUUUUCUUCCUCGACGAUACUCAUUUCGUCUUGGCUCGCGGGCAAAGGACACCACCCGAACUCGAGAUCUACCAAUUCUCCCCCUCUGGGGGUAAUGGAACCCAGCCUGCGCUGAUCGCGGUAUACCAUCUUCCCAGAAUGGCGGGAUCCCUAUAUAAUAUCGUCUGCCGCAGCGACCCGCCACCGUUCUGUUCUCGAAACGAUCCCGAGAGCAAAGUCCAGACCAGAUUUAGGCGUCUUCCAUUCCAUCCUCAUCUUGAAGACCGCGCGAUUGUCGUGCGUCUCACGGUGAUUGAGGAUGGUUUACCCAUAGGAUACACUUUGGUCUUCCGUGCUAGUUCCCUUUUCAAUACCCACGAUGGAGCAAAGAUUGAGGAGCGGGGUUUGGAUAGACAAGAGAUACCCGUCGUCGAGGGUAAGUGUUGGAUGCAGGAAACGUUCCUCUCCCGUGGAGGCAUGACGAGCAACUAUGAAUGCUUUAUCUAUGGCUCUCGUUUCCUACUUCUUCAUUCAACGGAGCUAGAUGACAAGGGGAAACUGCACAACCCAGGAACUAGGUCACUUGACAACGUGGUGACCAUUGCAAAUGUCAAUCCUGCAAUGGUAGCAUGGGUGCGCGCCCAGUUAGCAUCAAGGGAGCAACCACACGAGUGGAGCCAAUAUCGAAUCAUCGAGUCGAAGCCAGUCAAGACCUACCCUGAUAUUGACGGGGGCUGGAUUGGUGGACUCCCUAUCGCGCUCACAUCUCUCCCACAUCUUACCCAGGCUGACAGUUCACGUGUUGUCGCGAUGAUUGACGGAGAACGCUUGCUGAUGCUGCGGACACAAGGCGAUAUAUGGUCCGAGGAUGCUUUAUGCACAAUCGACAUUUAUACACAUAAUUUAAGUUGCAUUUCCUGA